AGCUGAUGGUCCCGUCGGGCCGGCUCUCCUCCGGCCCCGCGCGCGGCCGGCGCGCCCCAGCCAUGCAGUGUCCCGGGAGGCGGCGGGCAUGACGGCGACAGGAUGGGCGCGAACAAUGGCAAACAGUACGGCAGUGAGGGCAAAGGCAGCUCAAGCAUCUCAUCCGACGUGAGUUCAAGUACAGAUCACACGCCAACCAAAGCCCAGAAGAAUGUGGCUACCAGUGAAGACUCCGACCUGAGCAUGCGCACACUGAGCACGCCCAGCCCGGCCUUGAUAUGUCCCCCAGCCCUGCCAGGAUUCCAGAAUGGAAGGGGCUCGUCCACCUCGUCCUCGUCCAUCACGGGGGAGACGGUGGCCCUGGUGCACUCCCCGCCCCCGCCCCGCCUCACGCACCCGCUCAUCCGCCUGGCCUCCAGGCCCCCGAAGGAGCAGGCCAGCGUGGACCGGCUGCCCGACCACUGCCUGGUGCACGUCUUCUCCUUCCUGCCCACCAACCAGCUGUGCCGCUGCGCGCGCGUGUGCCGCCGCUGGUACAACCUGGCGUGGGACCCGCGCCUCUGGAGGACUAUCCGCCUGGCCGGGGACACGGUGCACGUGGACCGCGCGCUCAAGGUGCUGACCCGCAGGCUGUGCCAGGACACCCCCAACGUGUGCCUCAUGCUGGAGACCGUGGUGGUCAGCGGCUGCCGGCGCCUCACCGACCGCGGCCUCUACACCAUCGCCCAGUGCUGCCCCGAGCUGCGCUGCCUGGAGGUCUCCGGCUGUUACAACAUCUCCAACGAGGCCGUCUUUCACGUCGUGUCCCUCUGCCCCAACCUGGAACACCUCGACGUGUCGGGGUGCUCCAAGGUGACCUGCAUCAGCCUGACCCGGGAGGCCUCCAUUAAACUGUCCCCGCUGCACGGCAAACAGAUCUCCAUCCGCUACCUGGACAUGACGGACUGCUUCGUGCUGGAGGACGAGGGGCUGCACACGAUCGCGGCGCACUGCACGCAGCUCACGCACCUGUACCUGCGGCGCUGCGUGCGCCUCACCGACGAGGGCCUGCGCUACCUGAUGCUCUACUGCGCCGCCAUCAAGGAGCUGAGCGUCAGCGACUGCCGCUGCGUCAGCGACUUCGGCCUGCGCGAGAUCGCCAAGCUGGAGUCGCGCCUGCGCUACCUCAGCAUCGCCCACUGCAGCCGCGUCACCGACGUGGGCAUCCGCUACGUGGCCAAGUACUGCGGCAAGCUGCGCUACCUCAACGCCCGCGGCUGCGAGGGCCUCACGGACCACGGCGUCGAGGACCUGGCCAAGCACUGCCCCAAGCUCAAGUCGCUGGACCUGGGCAAGUGUCCCCUGGUGUCGGACACGGGCCUGGAGUGCCUGGCCCUCAACUGCUUCAAUCUCAAGCGCCUGAGCCUCAAGUCCUGCGAGAGCAUCACGGGCCAGGGGCUGCAGAUCGUGGCCGCCAACUGCUUCGACCUGCAGAUGCUCAACGUGCAGGACUGCGACGUGUCCGUGGAGGCGCUGCGCUUCGUGAAGCGCCACUGCCGGCGCUGCGCCAUCGAGCACACCAACCCCGCCUUCUUCUGAAGGGAG